CCGCCCGAGGCGGAGGCAGCCCAAUCCACAGCCCGCAAACAGGCAUUCCUCGUGAAGAUGGAGGAUGGAGUUUUAGCCCUCAUCCUCCUGGCGGCCUUUGUCGCGCUGGGCCGCUUCGCUGCCGAGGUGUAUGCCCAAGGACCUGUCCAACGCGUAAGCAUCGUCGCAAUGGUCGUGGCGGCGCCGUUUUGGUUGUGGGCGUUAUAUAACACCGUCUUCUCGGACUCCUUGGAUCUGGGCGUCUUCUCCCUGGCGCUGGCAGGUAUGGCCGGCGUCUACGGCUUCGAACUCAUUCCCGCGGAGUGGCCGUGCGGGAGCACCAUGGUGGAGUCGGGCCUCCCGGAGGUGACGCCAGUUACGUUCCGAACCGUGAGCACCGUGGGCUUCGGCGCGGUCUGUGCCAACUAUAUCCUCGGCCUCACGGCCGUCUGGUCAGACGGCUGGGGCCUCGUCACGUACAUGGCCGCCGGGCUUCUGUUCUGGCUGGGGAUGCUCUACUCGUCCUUCGCGGCGACGAGCUCCGUGGAUGCUGAUGGCAACUUGUACACGUCGCUCAUUUAGGCCGCUCCUCCUGUGUAAUGAUGUAACUACU